AUGGCUCAUACGUGCAGCCCCCAGUUCGUGGUGGGCCGUUCAGUUACAUGCUCUGCCUCAGGUGCAUUCUGUCUCCUUGUUGCCAUGACUUUAGCUGAGGCCAUGCUGCGAUCUUACUUGAUGCCCCGGUCAUUCAAAUUCUGCACCGGAGAAUCUGAGUAUAAGUGGUCGACCAUCGUAGUUCUUAUUACACAGACCAUUGCAGUGGGAGUUGGUUCUAUUGCCCCUGCAAUCAGAUGGUUCAGUGCUCUGAAAUUCAGAUGCCCAACCAGAAGAAAGAAAAGCAGCAAAAGAAUAUUUACAGUAGAAAGGUACUGGAUCCAGUUGCUUGUGGAGAUGAAAGAGUGCCCACUAGCCAUACGAAUCCAGGACCGAUUUUGCAGGAAACUUGCCUACUAUGUUAAUAACAAAUUGGUAGACAUCUGUCUCGGAAUGCAAACUGGAAUUGUGUUGGGUAGCAAAGUGAUUCAGUUCAUUUCAGUUUACUCCAUGAUCUGGAUGUUAUCACUCUCCGAUCUCUGCAAGAAGUUAAGAACAAUGAAACCCGACAACAGCAUAUCAUCUGACUCAGGAUCAGAAUCACGAUACAGUACAAAACCAGAUCUCAGCCGUUUUGUUUUGCAUCUUGAAGGUGAAGACGAACUAGUUGAGUCGAUGAUGAAGAAUAACUUUGAUACGACUGAUCAUUGGCUGCGAAGGGGGGAAAGGAAACAGCCAAAGCAUCUCAUGGAACUGUUGGAAAAAUCAACCGUUGCAGAAGGAUUUAAGGGGGUGAAAGAGUUUGACAGUGACCUAGUUCUCUCUCUAGAUUGUGAUGAACCUCCAAACUGUUGGGCUCUUCCUGUAGUAACUCUGACAGCCAUUGCAGUUGCCCUUCCAAAUGUCAGUAGUGCUUUGAUGAAACAGUUGAUGCUCAGUGUACAUGAAGGCCUCAUGUAUGUCAGACUCAUAGAAGAUAACCUGGACGCAAAGGGAGAAUUGAUUAACAUCAGGAAAGCAGCAAAUGUUGUAUGGCUUGGAGUUGAUCUCGACAACAAGUGGCUAGAUGUGGACCUUCGAAAACUGUCCGUACAAGCAGAAAGCACAAAGGAAAUACUUGAGAAACUAUCUGAUGUUGCAAAGACCAGGUUUGUGGAGUGUAAGAAGAUAUUUAUGAAUCAAUGUCCGAAGGAAAGACCUUCAAAGUGGCCCAUCAAGGUUCUGGCUGCUAAUUCCAUGUAUAGGAUAAGCCAAACUCUUCUGCAGAAUUGUGAAAGUAGAAAUGACUUGGUCGACGAAAGAUUAUUUGAAGCUUUAACUGUCAUGAUCUCUGAUAUACUGGGUGCUUGUCUCACUAACUUACGGCGUGUCAUAUUCCACUGUUUGAGCAGGGCUGUCAUCGAGAGGGACUACUGUGUACGCAGGGCAGUUCACAUUCUUGGAAAAACAGAAAAGAUCCGGAAACUUCUAGAUCAGCAGCCUAUUUCCACUUUAGAUCCAGAUCGAAUGGCCUGCAUUGAUGAGUGGCGUUCAUUGAAUGAUUUGAAGACCUCUUCGCCCUUCAUUCCAUCAUCUUCAGCAAAGAGCGAAACAGUUUUCUCCACUUCAAGCGACUUGUAUCUAACCAUGGAAUAA